ACAAGGCCAACUUGUCAUCGUUCUUAACAUGUGUGUAAGCGGUGGGAGGGUUUUCGAGAGGAUGUCGAGACAAGAGUCUUGUUUUCAGUGUGGAAACAUGAGGGGUCUGCUGAGCUGUCUGUUUCUCGCCUCCCACUGCGCUCUCUCAUCACGCAGUGGUGCGUCCACUUUGCACGUGAGCCAGAGUGCUAACGUGACCGUCCUUGAGGGCCAGCUGGUCAAUAUCAGCUGCUGUUGGACAGGCAACUUCUCCAGAGGCAGAGUCGAGUUGGUGAAAAACAAAAUCGGCUAUAAGAAAUUACAAAUAUGUCAGAAGACUCCGAACCAAUCUUGCCAUGCAGCUGUGCAAAAAGAUGGCAUGACGUGCGUGUGGUUAGAAUUGCUCAAUGUCACAACAGAGCACUCUGGCAUAUACAUUUGCAAUGUCUCUGCGGACAUACCCACUCUAAUAUCUGGGAAUGGAAACGGUACCGUUGUUAGAGUAACGCGCCAAAGUUCAAAUGGAACCGCAGAGGGAGAUGUUGCAGAUGAAUCCACAAGUCCUUCCUGGCCUCUGCUCGGGGGUUCCUUGGCUUCGGUGGGAUUCCUGCUCCUGGUUGCCCUCGCUUGUUACUGCAAACUCAAACAAAGACCAGGUUUGUUUGAAUAUGUAGUCACCCGGGUGAUUUACGAAAGUCCCAACUUUGACUCUGACAUGGACAAACGCAGCAGCGGCAGCUCCUCCACAGGCUCGACCGAGUGGAAUAACCUGAAGUGUCGCCUAACCCAUCCCUGCCCAUCGAAGCUUUUGUCCCACCAAGGUCCCAGCCCAAGGAAACCUUUGCUCCACCAAGGUCCCAGCCCAAGGAAACCUUUGCUCCACCAAGGUCCCAGGCCAAGGAAACCUUUGCUCCACCAAGUUUUUGAUGAAUACGCCAGUGCAGAGGGCAGGAAGGACACGCUGAACAAGACAGAAGUUGGGACGCUGGUAAAGAAAGAGCUGCCCCAACUUUUUGAGGCAGCAGAGGGAAUCCCAGAGGGGCAAACACUUCUGCUGGAUUUUGAUGGAGAUGGCGAGAUGGACUUCAAGGAGUUUAUGGUCGCCAUGUCCUGCCUGGCCUGCAUCUUCAAAACGGCUUGCGCUGAAUAAAACUAAUUUCAGCGCCUGAAUGAAAA